AUUCAAUGUUCUUCCUAUGGUAAGGAGUCCAAGACUGAACCAACACUCCAAAUUUGGUGUAACCAGUGACCUGUACAAUGAAACUACAACCUCUGUAGACUUGUAUUCAAUAUUUCUGUAGAUACAACCUAAAAUCCUAUUUGCCCUACCACUAGCAACAACAACUCUGCUUGGAUGGCUUUAGAGACUAAUUAACCAUUACACCAAGUUCCCUUUCUUUUGUAACUUGUUUAAGAAACAGCUUGCUGUCAAAAUUAACACCAAGAAUGUUUUUUUUUAAGUAUGUUAAAUGUAAGAGUUGAAGAGGAUGUAAUUGAGUUAAACUAAACUUUAAAAAAAUCUCAAAGCCAUUUAAUAUUUAUGAAGCCUUUCCUUGUUUACUACAUUUAUCAUAUGUGAAAGCAACUAUUCCAAGUUACCUUUUAAAAAAAUGUAUAACUGUCUUAGCUGAAGAUGACUCCUACUCUGCUAAAAGUUAUAUUCGUGUCUCCUAGUUCUACCAUUUUUCCUGUUAAAUACAAAAAUAAAUGUUGCAUCAACAACAUCAAUUUAUUUAACGGUUUUAGACAAGUUUAAUAUUUGAAAAUGAUAGGUUAGGCUUCAGUAAAGGCUUCUAAUAGGGUGAGUGACUUAUGGAAUGAGUUGUUAUCUUCAGAAGUGGAUUCCAACAGUUUACAGGAGCAUAAGAAGACAAUUAGUUUCCUCAGAUAUAAAGAGUAGAUGUGUAGUUUGUAAACAUAGCCAUGAAGGACCACAUCUGUCUAUGUUUAAUGCUGUAGCUUCAUGACUUGAUAAAUCAUGAACAUGGAAUCUGCUGGUAGACACAUUACACAUCUGUGUGCUACAGGAAUGAGAGUUUUGAGAUUGAAAAGUUUGGCUGCUGGUAUUAGACCAUUAUCCUAUGACAUAAGAUCUCAGGUAGUUCCCAAUCAUGCUGAUCCAGUUCAAAGACACAAACCAGUCAUGACAAAGGAAGUUCUUGCAAUGCUAGAACCUAAGAGUAGAGAGACUUUUAUAGAUAUGACAUUCGGAGCCGGAGGACAUACACGAGAGAUUUUAUUGGCAGCAGAAAAUUUGAAGGUGUUUGGUUUGGACAGAGACCCCACUGCCUGUUAUUUGGCAUCGGAAAUGUCAAAAACUUUUCCAAAUUCCUUAGUUCCUUUACUUGGAAAGUUCAGUGAGCUUCCAAAACUCCUCCAACAGGAAGGAGUGAAAGAAGAAUCCAUUGAUGGUAUUCUGCUAGAUGCAGGUUGUUCCUCUAUGCAGCUCGAUGAUCCCUGUCGUGGUUUUUCUCUCAGUAAGAACUGUCCACUAGAUUUACGGAUGGACGGUGAAAGAUACCCAGGAGAGCCUACUGGUGCUGAUGUUAUAAAUACACUAGAUGCAAGAAGUUUAGCAAAGAUCUUUAAGACUUAUGGUGAGGAAAAACAAGCCAAGAAAAUUGCUCAGGCCAUCAUUGAUGCAAGAUUCAUGCUUCAGAAGAUCACCACAUCUUCUCAGUUGGCAGACCUGGUGGCCAGUACUCUAAAUCAUGAUUUCAGACUAGACAAACUGAAGAGAAAAAGUCACAGUGCUACAAAAGUUUUUCAAGCCCUACGUAUUUUUGUAAAUAAUGAACUUAACGAACUAAACUAUGCCAUGGAAGUUGCCUUCCGUUACCUUCGUCCUGGAGGAAGAUUAGUUGUAUUAACUUUUCAUUCGCUUGAAGACCGCAUCAUCAAACGACACAUGCUAGGAAUUGAUCUUGAUGAACCAUUAAGUCCUUCUCUUACUCAGAAAUAUAAAAAUGCUGCUAGAUUGCACAGUCAAAAUGAAAUGAACCUAAUUAUGACCAAACGCUGGCUACCAAUCAACAAUAAAGUAAUAGUUCCCACCGAAGAAGAAGUAUUGAAAAAUCCCCGUGCUCGAUCUGCUAAAUUAAGAGCAGCUAAAAAACUGUAGGAUUAAAAACACUGGAUUAGUUAUUCAGUUAAUUUUUUGUUUUUAACUACUUCUCAAGGAAGAAUUAUUUUUUUCUUCUAUUGUGUUCAAUUUUAAAAUAAAAGCCUUACACAGUGA